GGAGUCAAUGCCCUUUUCAUGAUCAUCGCCACUUGCCCAAUUAUUCAUUAUCUUCGCUUUUGCCAGCUCUUCCGCGUAAACGCACAACUCAAACUCCUCUCGUUUCUGAUAUUCGUUAAUCCAAAACCUCGUAACCCGACCCGAUGGCUCGGCGUGCCAUACCGAUCCUCAAAGAAUUCCUUGCGAAAUCCACAAACCAAUGUUCCGGAUCGCUUAUCCCGACCCGAUCCGUAACCUACAUGCCGCGACCAGGAGACGGCGCUCCACAUCCGGUAACUCUAAUUCCAGGAGAUGGAAUCGGUCCACUGGUAACCGGCGCCGUCGAGAAAGUAAUGGAAGCGAUGCACGCGCCGGUUUAUUUUGAAAAGUAUGAAGUGCACGGUGAUAUGAAGAAGGUUCCGGAAGAAGUGAUUGAUUCGAUUAAGAAGAACAAGGUUUGUUUGAAGGGAGGUUUGGCGACGCCCAUGGGCGGUGGUGUGAGUUCGUUGAACGUGCAGUUGAGAAAGGAGUUGGAUUUGUACGCAUCAUUGGUUAAUUGUUUUAAUUUGCCGGGAUUGGUCACGCGGCACGAGAACGUGGAUAUUGUUGUAAUCAGAGAGAACACCGAGGGUGAGUACUCCGGACUCGAACACGAGGUGGUUCCUGGAGUUGUUGAAAGCCUUAAGGUGAUAACAAAGUUUUGUUCAGAGCGUAUUGCAAAGUAUGCUUUUGAGUAUGCAUACCUGAACAACAGAAAGAAGGUGACUGCUGUGCAUAAAGCAAACAUUAUGAAGCUUGCUGAUGGUCUAUUCUUGGAAUCUUGUCGAGAGGUUGCCACGAAGUAUCCUGGGAUCAAGUACAAUGAAAUUAUUGUGGACAACUGCUGCAUGCAGCUUGUUUCCAAGCCUGAGCAAUUUGAUGUCAUGGUUACUCCCAAUCUUUACGGCAACCUAGUUGCAAAUACAGCAGCUGGUAUAGCUGGUGGCACAGGAGUCAUGCCUGGAGGCAAUGUUGGGGCUGAUCAUGCUAUAUUUGAGCAAGGUGCUUCUGCGGGAAAUGUGGGCAAUGAGAAUAUAGUGGAACAAAAGAAAGCAAACCCUGUAGCAUUGCUUCUUUCAUCCGCCAUGAUGCUGAGACAUCUCCAGUUUCCCUCAUUUGCUGAUCGGUUAGAAACCGCUGUCAAACGAGUAAUAUUGGAAGGCAAGUACAGGACAAAAGACCUUGGAGGAACCAGCACCACUCAAGAAGUGACGGAUGCAGUCCUAGCAGCUUUAGAUUGAGAACAUAGUUUUUAUUUACUUUUCUUGCCAAGAGAGUACUUCUGGAUUAAUUCUGGGAUUUUAGCCAUGCCCAUAUAUUUUUCAUUUCACCUCUCAAUCUUAUUUAUUGUCCGAUUUUCCUCAAACUACAAUUGAAAUUACCUCUCUUGUCUAAAUAAAUCUCAAAUUAAGUUAAAA